GAGCUUGUCUGCGUGUUGAGAGAGGUACUUGGUUGUCACAGUUCUCUCCUAACUGUUCAACCGAGUAGAGGUGUAUUCAAGCAUCACAAGAUAACUUUUCCCGGUCAUAUAUUUUAAAUAUAUAAUUUAUCAUAUCAAAAUUUUAUCCACUAUAAAAUCAGAUAUUUAAAUUAAUUUCAUAAUCAAUUUGAGCAUCAACUAUUUUUUUCAUGAUAUGACACAGUCUCGUGAGGUGUUGGCUAUGAUGGAUGCUCAUACAACGACAUUCGGUCGUAAACGUGGUUGCACAAUAUCAAAAUGUUGUGGUUUUUUAUUAACAGUAUUAUUUAUACUUGGUAUUGUAUUAACUGGUCUACUUGUUUAUCACUUUGCACCUUGUGUUGAUGAGCGAUUAGCAAGAUCAUUUGGUAACUCUGAUGAUAAUGAAAUUUUAAAUUCAGCAAGAUCAUUUGCAGCUCAUGGAAGUGUUAAAAAAAGAAUUGAUGUUAGAUUACCAAAAUCAAUAAUACCAAAUUCUUAUGAAAUUAAAUUAAUGCCAUUUAUUUGGGAAAAAAAUUUUACAUUCAACGGUGAGGUAAGAAUCAACAUCAGUGUUUUGAGUGAUACUAAAAAUAUAACUCUACAUGCUGUUGAUAUGGAUAUUGAUAAUAAAUUAACAACAGUUAAAGAAAUUAAUAACAAAAAAAAUAAUAUCACAAAAUCAUUGAGGAUUGUUGAACAAUUGAAUGACACUGCCAGACAAUUUCAUAUUAUUCAAACAGAUGAAACACUUGAAGCUGGCAAGCAGUACAUAGUUUAUCUUAAAUUCAUUGGAUAUCUCAAUGAUUAUCUUCAAGGUUUCUAUCGGAGUUCAUACACCGUUGGAAAUCAAACGAGAUGGAUAGCAACAACUCAAUUUCAAGCAACUGAUGCACGUCGUGCUUUUCCAUGUUUUGACGAGCCUUCAUUAAAAUCGAAAUUUAAAAUUUCGAUUGCUCGUCCUAAUAAUAUGACAUCAAUAUCAAAUAUGCCAAGAGUUGGUGAACCACAACCAGCACGUGAAAUAUCAACAUAUGUUUGGGAUCAUUAUGAACAAUCUGUUCCAAUGUCAACGUACCUUGUUGCAUUUAUUGUUUCUGAUUUUGAAUAUUUAAAAUCACCGAAUAAUAAUUUUACUGUUUGGGCAAGAAAAGAGGCAAUUAAUCAAGCACAAUAUUCACUUGAUAUUGGACCAAAAAUAUUAAAAUACUAUGAAGAAUUUUUUCAAAUUAAAUUUCCACUUGAAAAAAUUGAUAUGGUUGCAUUGCCUGAUUUUUCAGCUGGUGCUAUGGAAAAUUGGGGUCUUAUAACGUAUCGUGAGACAGCAAUGCUUUUUGAAAAAGGUAUAUCAACAAGCAGCAGUCAACAGCGUGUUGCAACUGUUGUUGCCCAUGAGUUAGCUCAUCAAUGGUUUGGUAAUUUGGUAACACCAAGUUGGUGGUCUGAUUUAUGGCUGAAUGAAGGAUUUGCAAGUUACGUUGAAUAUAUUGGAAUGGAUUCAGUUGAACCAGAAUGGAAAGUACUUGAACAAUUUGUCAUUCAUGAAUUACACAAUGUAUUUACACUCGAUGCUUUGGCAUCAUCACAUCCAAUAUCAAUUGAAGUUGGUCAUCCAGAUGAAAUUAGUGAAAUUUUCGACAGAAUAUCAUAUGGAAAAGGAGCUUCUAUAAUACGAAUGAUGGAUCAUUUUUUAACAACAAAAGUUUUCAAACAAGGACUGACAAAUUAUUUAAAAUCAAAAGCUUAUCAAAGUGCUGAGCAAAAUGAUUUGUGGAAUUCUUUAACUGAACAAGCUCACAAAGAUGAUGUAUUACCAAAAGAUGUUACAAUAAAAAAUAUUAUGGAUACAUGGACUCUACAAACUGGUUUUCCAGUUAUAACAGUUGUCAGAGAUUAUAUCAAAGGAGGAGCAAAACUGACACAAGAUAGAUUUAUGAUACAAAAUACAACAUUAAAUAAAGAUUCUGAAUCACUUUGGUGGGUACCAAUUAGUUAUACAACUGAGGAAAUUAAAGAUUUUACAAAUACAAGACCAUCAUACUGGAUGAAAGCUGAAAAAAGUUUGAACAUUGAUAAUAUUAAAGCAACUUCAAAUCAAUGGGCUAUAUUUAAUAUCCAAGAAACUGGUUUUUAUCGAGUUAAUUAUGAUAAAACAAAUUGGAAAAUGAUUAUUAGACAAUUGAAUGGAACAAAUUAUAAUGACAUAUCAACUAUCAAUCGAGGACAAUUAAUUGAUGAUGCAUUAAAUUUAGCUAGAGCUGGAAGACUUGAUUAUACAACAGCUCUAGAUGUGACAUCUUAUCUUGCUCAUGAAACUGAAUAUGUACCAUGGAAAUCAGCUUUAACAGCAAUGAGUUAUCUUGAUAAUAUGCUUAGCAAAUAUCAGGGCUAUGAUAGAUUUAGAGUUUAUAUAUUAAAAUUAUUAGAUAAUGUUUAUAGAAAAGUUGGUUUUAAAGAUACAUAUGGUGAUCCACAAUUGACUGUAUUUACACGUAUUGAUGUAUUAUCAUGGGCUUGUACAUUUAGUCAUGAUGAUUGUGUUAGAAAUGCUGUUGCACAAUUUCAAAAUUGGAGAAAUCAACCAGAUCCUGAUGCAGUUAAUCCAAUUUCAGCAAAUUUAAAGAGUGUUGUAUAUUGUACUGCAAUUCGUGUUGGUGGCCAAUCUGAAUGGGACUUUGCUUGGGAUCGAUAUCUCAAAACAAAUGUUGGCUCAGAAAAAGAAUUAUUAUUAUAUGCUCUUGGCUGUAGUAGAGAACCUUGGAUAUUAAGUCGUUAUCUUGAAUGGGCAACAACAGACAAUACGGGAAUUAGAAAACAAGAUUCAGCUCGUGUAUUUGCUGCUGUUGCCAAUAAUGCUGUUGGCCAACCACUUGUAUUUAGUUUUCUACGUAAUCAGUGGUCACGUUUACGAAAAUACUGUGGUACUUCACUUGUUUCAAUAAAUAAUAUUGUUAAAUCAGCAACAAGAAAAAUAAGCACAAAAUAUGAAUUAAAAGAUUUGUUGGAGUUUGCUGAGGAGCACAGUGAAGAACUUGGAAGUGCAACAAGAUCAGUCCAACAAUCAGUUGAACAAGCUGAAGCAAAUAUUCGUUGGUUAGAUAGAAAUUACAUGGCCAUUCGUAAUUGGCUUCUUAAAAAUACAGCAUAAUUUUAUUUAUAUUAUUAAUUUAAUCAAGUCACAAAAUAGAUUUAUAUUGAUAAGAAAAUUUAAUUUAAUUGUAAAAUUCAAUGAGUGUCUUAUUCGAUCGGUUUUUAAUUAUAAAAAAAUUUCCAUCAAGCACAUGAUGUUUAUAUACGUUCGUGAUUAUUAUCAAGUAUUUUUUUUUGUUUUUUUUUUUAUAAUGUAAAUAUCAUUAUAAGAGUGAUAUAAUAAUUAAGAAAUUCAAGUUGUUGUUUCAUUAAAUAUAGUCUGAUAAACGAAAGCGUUGUCGUACUAAAAUUGCUUAUUAAAAUGUUCAUUUUCUAUUAAAUUAAAUUCAAUUAUAUAUGUGGAAUAAUUAUUGUUUCAUAAAAUAAUAUAAAUUAUUUUUUAAUUUAAUAUUUACGUACUUAUUUUUGAAGCAUAAAUAUUAUUAUUAAUUUUUAUUUAAAUAAUAAUUACUAUUUUGUCUUUUUAUUGUAAAAUUAGUUUAAAUAACAAUAUUAUUUUUUUAACUGUAAU